AUGAGGUGAAGGUAUCAGUGGAUGAAAUGAUCAUGCCAGAUGCCUCGGUUCCACUGUCCACGGAAGAGAUUUUCACUGUGGAACAAGCAUAUAAGUCGUUUAUCACUUGGCCUAAAUUUUUGGUUAAACCAGUUUCUGACCCCUCGACGCAGGAACAACAGAAGAUUCCUCUAUCUGAGGAUGACCCUCUUUCUUCAUUGCAUCUACUUGCUGACAUCCUUGAUGAUAAGCCUUUGGAGGUUCAGUAUGAUGCUAAUGUAUUUGGGCAUGGCUCUGAGGUCCCAAUAUACCUUAAUAGCCAAGAUGUCCGUGAGCUUGCGUCGGGAACACAAGAGUUGAAUAUUUCAAUUAUUCAACUAUGGACGAUGUAUAUGUCUGGGGUCACUAAUAAGUUGGGGCGUUCUGAUGAUUAUGGAUUCAUUGAUCCCCAAGACAUUCAUGAAUCAAAUGAUUUUGAUCAUAUCAACACGAGAAUGAUAAGCAGUUUUCGAAGGGGCAAGAAAAUAUACUUUUUGCCUUAUAUAUCCGGGCGCCAUUGGCAACUUCUUGUUAUGUCUGUGCAAGACAACUAUGCUUUGUGGUUCUGCUCAUUGCACAGGCCUCCUCCCACACAACUCAGACAAGCAAUUGAUUGUUCUAUUCCAGCAAGUAUGAUGAUGGACGGGAGGUCAAUUGUUAAGAGUAGAAAGAUUGCUUGGAUUUCUCUCAAGUGUAACAGACAAAAUGGGUCAUAUGAGUGUGGAUACUAUGUAAUGUAUUGGAUGACCCAUAUUGUUCGUUCUCACAUCACAAGAAGCUGGGAAACGAGAUUCAAGACUACUACACCAGUUCCUGAGAAGUCACUACUAUUCAUUAGGAACGCUGCUGCGAAGUAUAUAGUUAGAUUAUACAAUAGCUCUUAGAUUUAGAUUUAAACAAUGCAUUUGAUUAGAUAGAAUUUUCUUAGACUCUCUACUUUAUUUGAUGUUGAAAUACAUUUGAACAUGUGUUUGUUAUGUUGAAAUUGAAUUUCUGUAAAUGUUUUUAUAUGCAGGUCUG